GGGUUCUGCAACAGAAACCUGCCCUGCCUAGAUUGCACGUCACCGCUCCCGACAAGAGGAGAGGGCUUUGGAAGCACGGUUGACAUUUUGGUGCACGCAGAUCUAAGGGGAAAGACGCCCCAGGCUGUGCAGGAGGAGGAAUCCUAAUCAUGCCCGCCGUGCAGCAGCAGCAGCAGCCCUGAAGGCGACAUGAAGCGCAAGAGCGACAGGAGGCGAGUGGAGACGAGGAGGAAAAAGUGCUGCGCAGCCCAGCGCGGCUCAGAGGCGGAGCCAAACUCGGAUAUUUACAUUGAGAUUUUAGUACUGUGGGAUUUGUUUAGUUGGGAUUUAGCUACAGUGUUAAAGUAAUACCCGCAAUCCUUAUUAUCGUCAUCAUCAGCAAAUGAUAGUUUUUCCACAUUUAUUUUAACACGGUGAUGUUAUACUCAUCGAGUGACGUUUAACAACGCUUAAAAUGUUCUUACGCUGACGUCCUUCAUCCGUUUUGACCAUAUAGAUACCAAUAUACCUAGACAUCACAUUGUCGCGCAAUCCUCCUUCAACGUGGCCGCCAUAUUGGGUGUGGAAAACUGGUAGUGAUAAAGCCGCUUACUUCAUUUGCUGCUUGGAGAUGUAGCAACUGUUUUACACUUGUAGCCAGAACUCAUAGGAAUAAGACUGAAUAAUGACCUUUCAUGCAGAUGACGCGGGUUCAAUUCCCAGCCAGUGCCAGGGCAUCUGGUACGAAAACUGAGCCAAUGAAAUCAUGUGAGUGACUCAGUGGGGUGAAGAUUUAUCACAAUCUGUUAAAUCUGAAUGUUAGUGCUCUUUAUGGAGAAACCCAACAUCACGCCUAUAUUUAAGGGGCUGGUUAUUGAAGACAGACAAAAGUAAUGUGUUCAUAUUAACAGUUGAUUACACUGGUCCAAGAUUUUAUAGCUGAAUUGGGACAAUUUUGAUAAGCUGAAUCCAAAUAUCACAUUGGUUUUGCCCAAACAGGUCAUCUUUUUGAAGUUCUGGCCACAUGUUUUUGUUUACAUGUGCAUUUAUUUGCACUUUAGAGGUUCAAAUAAAUGGACGUUCAGGGCCUGAGUUUUAAACAAUGAUGACGUAACAUUCAAUUUAUGGGUACUUACUUUUAAUCAUAGUCUACUAUUCAAUUUACAGUCAACAAAGUUAGUAACGUUAGUAACAUGAUUAUUAAACUGUUAGCAACUUGCCAUAAAAACCUGACCUGGCCUAAAUCCAUUGAAAAAAACAUAGUAAACUUACAACAACAACAAAAUUGUAACCCAGUGAUGUUUAUUUUUGCAGAAGCAGCGUAACAUGCAUUGAGAGCGUAAACACUCAUAACACCAUUAGAAAAAUAUGUUAUAUAUAAGGAAUAACCAUCUACAAUUUUUGGAUCAAUAGUGAUAUACGUUGUUUUUGGUGCCUGUUUCCCAAAUAUAUUAAUGUGUGGCUGAAUGAGAGGCAUUCAUUUUGUGCCUUAUGAAGUUCAGGUCCAUUGACUUGCAUGAGUCUACGGGGCAGGUAGGACACAUCCAAUAUGGCCGACGCGCUGACGGAUCAUAGAAACGAGCCAACCCAAUGGUUUUGACUUCUACGUCGUAAGAGAACGGAAGAGAGGGUUUCUCUGAGUGUAAAUCUCGGCUGUGAUUGGGCGCUAGCACAACCCAGCAACGGCCUUGGUAACGUUCCCGCAGCCUAUCGCGUGUCAGAACAGGAGCACUUUAAACUAAAAUGGGAGGGAUUGGCGCCAGCUUCGUCCAAUGGCGUCAGUCGUUGAAUCCCUUUCGGCCAAUAGUGUUUCGCGAUGGCUAAGGGGCGGAGCCAGGGGCGAGCUCACUUUUAGCGUAGUGCGCACUUUAUUCACAUGAAAAAAAAACUCACCCAUACCGUGGGAGGAGACUUUUCCGAACGGCAGAGUUGGACUUUUAACAACAAGGCGGGAACUUUAUUGUACGAUUUUUCUAUAUAUUUUGAUUUUACAAGUGAGUUUCACGUGAGUAUGCGCACGUUCUGGUGAGGAGAAAUCAGGCUCCUCAUGUUCAAAACAACUCAGGUCAACAUGACCGCGGAUGAUGUGUCGUCACGAUGCGUUGAGAUCCUCAAGGAUCAAUUGUAUUUCGCCAUCAUUCAACAAAAGAUUAAAAGCACGACAGAUCGACACUGCUUCUGCAUAGAUGAAGAGUUGGCAUACGAGAACUUCUAUGCAGACUUUGGCCCCCUCAACCUUGCCAUGUUUUAUCGUUUCUCUUGCAAGCUGACAAAGAAGCUCAAGUCCAUUACUCUUUCAAGGAAGAAGAUUGUAUUUUACACCUGUGGUGACCAGAAAAAACAAGCCAACGCUGCCUACCUGAUUGGCUCAUAUGCAGUAAUGUACCUUAACAUGAUGCCAGAAGAGGCCUACAGUCUGUUGGUGUCAAGGAACAACACAUACAUUCCAUUCAGAGAUGCCUCGUUUGGAACCUGCAUGUACAAUCUGAACAUCCUGGACUGCUUGCGUGCUGUCCACAAGGCCCUGCAUUACGGCUGGCUCGACUUCUCUGACUUUGACGUGGAGGAAUACGAGCACUACGAGAGGGCAGAAAAUGGAGAUUUGAACUGGAUCAUUCCGGGAAAGUUCCUCGCGUUUAGCGGGCCUCAUCCCAAAAGCAAAAUAGAGAACGGCUACCCUCUGCAUGCACCUGAGGCCUACAUCCCUUACUUUAGGAAACACAACAUCACCAGUGUCAUCCGACUCAACAAAAAGAUGUAUGACGCCAGGCGCUUCACAGACUCGGGCUUUGAACAUCAUGACCUCUUUUUUGUGGACGGGAGCACGCCCAAUGACGCCAUUGUCAGAAAGUUCCUCAAUAUCUGUGAGAACGCAGACGGAGCCAUUGCUGUCCACUGCAAAGCUGGUCUGGGGCGAACCGGCACUCUAAUUGGCUGCUACAUGAUGAAGCAUUACUGCAUGACCGCGGCGGAAGUGAUCGCUUGGAUUCGGAUCUGUCGCCCGGGGUCCGUCAUUGGGCCGCAGCAGAACUUUGUUGAAGAGAAGCAGAACAGUCUGUGGGCUGAGGGAGACGUCUUCCGGGAGAAGUUGCUGAGCGAAAGGAAGAAUGGUAAACUGGCCGUGACCAGAAUCCUCUCUGGAGUCGACGACAUAACUAUUAAUGGCAGCAACAAGAACAGAGCAUCUAAGAAGGGAGAGAUGGAACUGUAUAAUGAUGACGAGGACCGGAAUGGCCUGACACAGGGUGACAAACUGCGAGCCCUGAAGAGCAAGAGGCAGGCCAGAUCCUCAAGCUCAUUAUCGCAAGAAGAAAAUAAGAUUCACACCAGGUCAGCAUCCCAGUCUCUAAACAGGUCCGUCCUUCAGGCCAGCGUACAGAGCUGUAAGACUGGCGUCAACUCAUUGGCUCUGUCUGACCACUCAGACAGUAGGAAGAGGACCAGAACCUCACUGCCCGCCAGUGGAGUAGCAUGCAGCUCCAUAUGUUGCACCCCACUGGUCGGCCCCCUAGCCAACUUGCACGUAAUGGCCAGCGACAGGGAGCCCGUGUGUUGUGAGCCAUGUGGCGGCCAUAGCAACGCGGCCAACACGUGCACCCCCGUCAACUUAAACAUGGCGCAUUUGCAGACCCACUGCCUCCAGACGACGUAAAGCUCACCGUGCUUUUCAAUCUGAGCGCUUGUCUAAGCUGUGUCACUCCAUACCUAAAGCAAGAGCCCCUUUACUCCGGUGAGCCUGUGGAUGUGCAAACCCUGAAGAAGUUUGACUUGAUUUCUUUAACAACAACUAACUAGAUACACCAUGAUUUGUUUAAAUGCCUGGUAGUCUCCUAAAGUUUAUUCAACAUGUCCUAAUUGUUUUCUAAUUGUUAAUCUUUCGUGAAACAGACUGAACGUCCAAAAUAAUUUUAAUCAUUUGUGUGAUUUUUUUUAUUUUUAUUUUUUCUUCUCUUUUCUUAGUUUAGUAGUCUGAAUAUCCAUGCUCAAUAUCCUGGACACUCUCCUAUUUCAAUAGCCAUUGAGAUGUUCAUCUGUUGUAUUUCGUAACUGUAAAUAUUUGGAAAAUGUAAAUAUUUUGUACCAUUUUAAUCAAAAUUGUCCAAAUGGGACUUAUCCACUAUAUGGACUGAUUUGAAGCAUAUAUGCUAUAAUCACUUUUUAAUUAAAAGAAUAACCCUG